AUGAGUACAAGUAACUCCUCAUCACCACCGGUUGAUAAUCGAUUUAAAUUCGAUUGGUCACCUGUUUAUACACGUUGUAUUGAGCCAAUUUUCGAUUGGAAUCAAUUUCGUCGUAGUCAACUUCAAUAUAAAUUGGCUGAAAGUUUACAUGAGAGUCAUGUUUAUGAUCGAUGCAAUUGCUCUGUGGUAAGAUCUAAAGAUGACUCUUCUCCUUGUCUUGCUCAUGCAGCGAAUCGAUUUUCUCAAAUAAAAAUUGAUGGAUUAGUAUCACCAUUAUUAGCAUGUCCUUGUAUGUUUUGUCGAAAACAUUUUAGUGAAAAAGAUCGUCCUGAAGGAUUACCAUCAAUAAAAAAUCUUAAACAACUCUUACCAACCAGAGGUUUUAUGAAUUCGAAGCCAUCACCACCGACCAUGGUAUAUUUAUCUCGACCACAUACUGUUCCUAGUUUUCAUGCUACUUUUCCACUUGAUCAUACAUUUGCUACACGUUAUGUACCAACAUUCAAACGUAUAUCAAGACCGAAUGGUGCCAAAGAAGAAAUAUUUGAUGUUCAACAAACAGUUAUUUCAAAGUCAGCCAUUCCAACUCAACUUGGCAUGCGUCUAGACGCAGAACCCAAUCAUGAUCAUUCACAGGUGUUAAAUCUUCCACCUCAACGAGAUGCAUUUUUUCGCAGCGUAGAUGAUUAUUUUAAUAUGACACCUGGUGGCGGUGCAACUAUGCUUUCAGGAGCAUAA